AUGGCUGAGACUGGAUAUGAAAUGUUGGAUGAAGAAGCCGGUGACUAUGGAUAUGUGUUGCAGUUGAGUAAGGAAGAGAUAAUGAAUAAGGCUUUCCGAAGCGAUGAAGCAGCAUAUGAAUUUUACAGGAGGUUCGGCAAAUGUUUUGGUUUUGGUAUUCGAGAGGGUGACUCGGGAAAAGUUAUUCGUCGUAGAUUUUUUUGUAAUAGAGCCGGCCUGCGACAACGUCAUCACUAUGAUAGGCUAGAUAGGCAAAGAGGUCAUAGACCGAAAAUGCACACAAAUUGUGAGGUGAAGCUGUUAGUCAACCUUGAUAUGGCACAAAUAUCUGGUAUGCAAGCUCAUGGUGUUCUGACGUCCAAGAUUCUGGGGUAUAUGGCUGGACAGGCUGGUGGCUAUUCUCUAAUGGGCUUCACUAAGAAGGAUGCUUACAAUUAUAUUAACAAGGCUAAGCGUGCAAAGAUUAUUGAUGGGGACGCCAAUGCGGCUGUUAUAUACUUGGAGGGAAAAGCGGGGGCAGAUCCGAUGUCGAUGGCUAGGUAUAAUCUUACUAAGGAUAAUAUGCUGGCCAAUAUGUUUUGGGCGGAUGGUGGCAGUAGAGUUGAUUACCAAUACUUGGGGAUGUUCUAG